AUGUAUUCUACAUCACAUUUUCCGAAAUUAAAGGUAUUUCGAACAAUAUGGGGUGCUGAAAAUCAAUUUUCCCCUGAUAUUAGUAUUUUAUUCAGUGAACUUCAUCGUCUUGGUUUUGAUGGCAUUGAAGCAUCACUGAAUGAAAUUCAUCGUUUAUCAAAAAAUAAUGAUGAAAUUUUUAUGGAAACAUUAUCAAAAAAUAAACUUGAAUUAAUUGCAAUUUGUUAUACAAAUUGGGCUGAUUUUGUACCUGGAACAUGGCAAAAUUUAACAGUUGAUGAGCAUUUAAAUAAUUUAAAAAGAGAAUUAGAACAACUUAUGAAAUAUAAUCCAAUUCAUAUUAAUAUUCAUGGAGGACAAGAUAAUUGGACAUUAGAACAACAAGAAGCAUUUUUUCAAGGAGCAUUAGAAUUACAAGGUAAAUAUCCAAAUGUAACAUCAUCACAUGAAACUCACCGUGGUCGUUCUUUAUUUAAUCCAACACUCACAUUACAUUUAAUUACUCAUUUUUUAAAUCUUCGUUUGACUGCUGAUUUUUCACAUUGGUUAGUUGUAUGUGAACGUCUUCUUAAUCAUCCAUCUGACAUAGAACGUAUGCGUCAAAUAGUAUCACGUGUUGAUCAUAUUCAUGCUCGAAUAGGUUCUGUUCAACAUGUUGA